UCAAUUGUUUUUUAUUUGAUAAAUUUUAUUUAUUGGAUGAUUUGUGAUUCAAAUUCAAUCAUAAAUUCUUGACCAAGUAGGAAAUUAAUCUAAGUCCAUCUUCAUUCUAUGAAAGCUAAUAAUUAAAUUAAAAACCUGACCUAACAAAGCACAUUUUUGCAACAUAUUUUAUCCAAUCUCAAUGAUACUCCUUUGCCUUGAAAUUUUUCUUGUUGAAUCUCAUGUCUAAAGUCCUAAAGUUGGUAAAGCUAAUAUCUUUUAAACCUCAAAUUAUUUUCAGAGAUUUAGCAUUGCAAUUACAAAACAUACACUAUUACUUUAUGUUUUUGCAACAUUUAAGACAUAUUUCAGAAGUUCCCUUAAGCCAGAUGAACAUUCUACACUGGUCCUGCUUCUUAUAAACAGAUUUAAAAAACAUAACACAUAAGGCAAUGUCCAUUAUCACAUCAACUUCUGUUUCAAAUAUUGGAAGAAAGCCCUCAAAGCUAUAGAGAACUACUCUUCAGGUGUAUUAAAAGCCUGUAUUUGAACUUGAAUGCUGGACAUCCAUGUGAGAUCAUGUCAAUAAAAGAAAAAAAUGUGUUAAAUUAGAAAAGAACAAGACAGUCAAAUUAUCAGUAUUAAUUUUAAGAAUAGCUAGCAGAGAGCAACUCAGUAUUACAUUGGAAAGCAACCAGAGAUUAAUUUAUUAAUAACUUUAGGAUGAACUAAUGGCAUAUUAUGGUUUAUUAGUGAACCUAAUCAAUGAAAUUGGGUCAAAGGUUAACCUGUUGUCAUAUGAUUCCAAAAGAUUGAUAGCCAGUGGCAACCAACAUUCCCACACUGGCCCUCAAUAAUGCCUUAUUAGGAAUAACAAAUAAAUGUUCUAAGGGAAGCAGAGCUUGUUAAUGAUGGUCGGCCUAUAAACUAUUGUUGAGGGCAUGAUGUCAUAGCUGCAAAGUCUGGAAGCCAAGAUAUCUGCUGCUUACCCUGCAGACAACCAUACAUCUGGUUGUCAGAGUUUUCCCUGAUCUCUCUCUUUUUCUUGGCUUCAGGAAGAGAGAUUAGGUGUGGGGGAACAAAGUCAAACCUGGUGUGGCUCUGUUUAUGGAAAGAAACAAGUCUGCUCCACAGGUGGAAAGUAGAAGAGCAUCCCAAACAGAAUUCUACAGCAGAAGUUGGCAAUGGUCUGAAUUAGAUGAUCUUUAACAAUCCCCUCUAUCUCUCCAGUUAUGAGAUAGAUACGGAGAUGAGUUGCUCCCGGUUCAUCCUGGAUCAGCUGAACCAGUAGGGGCGGUGGCGGGAGGCUCCGCCGACCCACCUGGACGCUUCUGCGCAUGUGCAAGAGCUUCUGCACAUGCGCAAAAGUGUCACACGCAUGCACAAGUACGAGCAAACCAAUAGCAUUGGGAUUUGAAACCCACCUCUGGAUAGAUGCAUAUUGGCAGUGGCACAGAGGUACAUCUGUCUGGUUUGAAGGUCUCAUGUUUAGUUCCUGGCAUAUUUCCUACAAAGAUCUUUUCUACAGAGCCAAAAGGGGAAAGAAAAAGAAUCCAAUUCUGAGAAACGAAAAAUCCCUAGCCUUCCUCUUGGGAGACAUUUCCAGGUCCCUUCUAAAUGUAAGAACCUCAGAAUCAAAAAUAACAAGGAAGAAUGAGGAAGGUUAAUGAUACAUGUUUCUAACACAUCUUCUUUUUAAAAAUUCUAAUCUAUUCUCUUUUAUUGGAGAUUCCUAUAACAUUUAGUUAUAAUGUUAGUCAGAGUUCUAUCUACUUUUUAAAAUGAGGUUAGACAUCAUCCCUUCCAGCUGCCUCUAAGGCAUGAAAAAGUAUCUGCUUCCUAGAGAGGAAAGGAAAUGGGGCAUUGUUGUCCUCUUGCUGGGAAGACCACUGGCAGGCCAGAGUAACAGCCCUGUCACUUUAACAGUUGAAUAUUUCCAGGCUGAGCUAAAGGAAAAGCCCACCCUCUUUCUCUCCAUGCCACUGUCCCAGCUAGAGCUGAAGUAUGCAGGAAGAGAACAAAAGAUGCCAGACAGACUCAAAACCCAGCUUUAGGUAAAGCAGGUGCCAGCAUCCAGGUGACAAGAUAUAAUGGAGAGCUGAGGUCCUUGAGCAAGGCAGAAGAAGACAUCACAUCAGAGCUGAAAUACAGGAUGAAAACUUCCCGCCAGAGCCAUUCCUAGAAAAUAGAAUAUAAAAACGGUGGAAAAUUAUAACCCAGUGUUGGAAAUGUGCAUUCCUGUCCAGAUCUUCAAACAUCUCUGAAGUGAAAGAGAACAACGUGGGAGGCUUGGAGAGCAGCCAUGGGCGAGUGGGGAUUCUUGAGUUCCUUGCUAGAUGCAGUGCAGGAGCACUCACCCAUGGUUGGACGCUUCUGGCUGGUUGUGAUGCUCAUCUUCCGUAUCCUCAUUCUAGCCACAGUGGGCAGUGAUGUCUUUGAUGAUGAGCAGGAGGAAUUUGAGUGCAACACUAAGCAGGUGGGAUGCAAACAGAUUUGUUACGACUUGGCAUUCCCCAUUUCCCAUUACCGCUUCUGGGUUUUCCACAUUGUAGUGCUCUCAGCCCCAGCUGUUAUGUUUGUCAUCUAUUCUAUGCACCAGACCACCAAGAUCAACCGUGGUUUGAAGGAAAUUGAAGGGAAUCAGGAGGAAGCCAAUCAGACAGGGAGGAAAGUUCAGGAACAAUUUGAACUCCAGCCUAGUCAACGAACCCGAAAUAUUCAAACUUUCUACAUAGUCAAUGUCAUAGUAAGAAUCUUGGCUGAGAUGGGCUUUCUGGUAGGGCAAUGGAUGUUGUAUGGCUUCCAAGUAGGAUAUCAAUACAUCUGCAAGCAUCGUAUGUGUCCUCAUCUCAUUGAUUGCUUUGUAUCUCGUCCAACCGAGAAGACUAUCUUCAUUCAAUUCUAUUUCAUGGUGGGGCUUGUUUCAGCUUUUCUCAGCCUGGCGGAGCUGGCUCACCUUUUGCUCAAGAAGCGGUGCCAGAGACGUCGUGUGAUCGCUCCUCCUGCUAUUGCAUCAUAUGAACAGCAGGACAAUUGGUCCAAUCAGAAACAAGAGAAAUCACAGCACUUUCUAGCCCCACCUGAUGGAGGUACCAAAGGGACAUCAUCUCAGGAUGGGAUUCCUAACCAUUAUGAAUCCAAGGCUCAUUUUCAUCAUAAGAACUCCAUCAAGAGCAGCCGAUCUUCCCGAUCUUCUGCCAGAGGUGACUUAACAGUAUAAGAGCAGAGAAUAAUUCCUUAUCUCUUUGAUUUGUUCCCUGGAUGAGCUGGAUUCUUCCAGGGCCAGGAAUAUGAAUGGACCUAUUUUCAACUAAAGUUGAAUAAUCUAGAUCAAAAAUGCAACAUUCUGCACUAUGGGACUUGGUCAUAUUUGUGACAAUUUCAUUAUUUACUUUCACAUACAUAUUAAGGAUAGGUUGAUAUGUUUAAAAUGCUUAAAUUUACUACCAUGUAAAAUAGAUUGAUAAGGCUGCUAAUAUUUUAGAAUAGAGGGAGCAAAGAGUGAGAUGAUUUUCCACUAUUUUCCUAAGUAAUUGAGCAAUUCCCACUUGAAUUAGGAAUUUAUCUGGUUAUAAAAGAAUAUGAGUAUCAAUGAAAAAAACAAGCAAGGAUACUUUUCCUUUUUAAGCAAAAAUGCCAGGGCAGAAAAAAUUCAGGCUUUUGAUUGACUGGUCAGCGGAUGUCAGGAGUCCUCCUAGUCAGAAGACUAUAAAUCAGUAAAUGGGUAUAAACAGGGAUAUCAAACUCAAGGCCCGCGGGCCAGAUCUGGCCCAUGGGAUGCUUAAAUUUGGCCCGUGGUAUUUCCUGCCUGGAAAUAGCAAAGGACCAGCUCAUAGUGCCUCUGCCAGCCAAAACAUUUCCCUGUGCCUCAUUUUGGCGAGCAAAGUGCUGCAGUAGGCCAUCCAGGCCAAAAAUGGGGUGCAAGGGACACGCACAUCCCCUGCACCCCAUUUUGGCCAGCAGAGUACUGUAGGAGUUGUCUGUCCCAUCUCCCCUCAACCCUCCCACGCCCAGAGAGGAGAACUACUAUGCUGAUCCAGCCCUUGAACAAAUCCAGUUUCUUCACCCCUAGUAUAAACUAUUGUUCAAAAGCAAGACUACCUGGCUUCUACUGACCUAUCUCUACUGAGAUAUACACCACUAAUGUGCAAAAGAAACCUGGGAUAGAUGUGGUGAUGGAUGUUCUCUCACUGUAGUGUAUCCUCCAGAGAAACAAAAACUGCCCAUUGGCACUGAGGGACCUUUGCUGAAGAAUUUAAAUGUAAACUUUUUUAAAAUGUGGGUUUCAAUGUAAAAAAAACAAUAAUCAUGGGGAGAAGGGUGUAAUAUGUUGCAGAAUAAAGCUUCACUUUAAUAUCUCAAUUUACCAGGAUGACUUUGAAUCCCACCUAGGAUGUAUGGACUUUCUUUACAUAUAAAAGAAGCAAGAAGCUGUUCUGCUUCAAAAUAUCCCACUUUCCUAGAAAAAAAAAGACAUCAGUAAGCCAAGAGCAGAAGUCAUUCUGUUAGGUUUAGAAAAGGAAGCAACCUAACUUAAUUAAUUUUGGGUACACAGAUGUUUUAUGUUGGGCCUGGCGGACUUCCUCUCCUGGAGUUGAACUGGAGUUCAAGGAGUUGAACUUCUAUAUUACUGCAGUUGAAGUCCUCCAAGCUUAAAGUUGCCAAGGUUGGAGAUCCCUGUUCUAUAGCGUUGAUUAAAAAAAACAUCCUACCUAAGUGAUGUAUUGAAAUAUGGAGUUGCCUUUCAGUAAUUAAAUCACAAGAGACCUUUGAAUGCUGUUUUGGGGGCAGUGGCAAUCCAUUGGGGCAGUGGUCUUCAUUUAGUUACCAAUCACACUUAUGAUGGUGAUGAAAAAAUAACUCACAUUUGAGACCUUCAGCAAAAGAACGCUGAAGUAAGUCCAAACUCAAUUGCAGUUUCACUUAAAUACCCAAUUUGCUUAACAACUGUGGUUGUUAAGUCCCAAUUGUGGUUACUAAAGAAAGAGCACCUAUACAUAUUAUGACCAUCAAAUCUUUGAUGGCUAGUUCUGGGAAAGGAUUAAAUGCCCACUUUUCAUCUUGUUCUCCAGCUGUCACACAGCUCCAGAGCUAAAAUAGAUUGCACAUAUAGUGGGAGACAGACAGGGAGAAGGCUGGUUAUACUCUGGAUCCAUCCACAGCAUGUCUUUUUGUUUUUUGUUUUUUUGGCUUGUCUUACGUUGAAGACUUUCAUUAAAGAACAGUUGCUGGA